GCAAAACCAACCAACGAAAAAAUAUGAGAAACGUCUACAGCUGAAUUGACCGACCUGUCGACGGAAGAAGCAAGUGGAUGAAAUGGCAGAGGACAAGGAGUCGACGUCGACUUCACUGAGUCAAGGAUUGACUCGCCGUGACUCGGAUCCAGACGAUAUCCCCAAGUCUCCACCUAGCUCCCCUAAUUCCUCUACUCGCAAGGCUUGCUAUGCUGUUCUUCAGAGUUGGGUUUCGAAGAAGUUCAUGACUGGAUGUGUGGUUCUCUUUCCAGUUGCUGUUACCUUUUUAGUUACUUGGUGGUUUAUCCAAUUUGUUGAUGGUUUCUUCAGCCCACUUUAUGCUCAACUUGGCAUUGACAUAUUUGGACUUGGGUUUGUUACUUCACUGCUUUUUAUAUUCUUUGUUGGAAUAUUUGUUUCGUCAUGGACGGGUUCCACUGUUUUCUGGCUUGGAGAAUGGUUUAUCAAGCGAAUGCCAUUUAUGAAGCACAUAUAUUCAGCCUCCAAGCAAAUUAGUGCUGCUAUUUCUCCUGACCAAAAUACUACUGCUUUUAAAGAGGUCGCAAUAAUUCGUCAUCCUCGACAUGGUGAAUAUGCAUUUGGUUUCAUCACAUCAUCUGUUGUCCUUCAGAGAGAAGAUGGAGAUGAAGAGUUAUGCAGUGUUUACGUCCCAACAAACCAUCUGUAUAUUGGUGACAUAUUUCUGGUCAAUACUGAUGAGAUCAUAAGACCAAACUUGUCCAUUCGGGAAGGCAUAGAGAUCAUUGUUUCAGUUGGUAUGACUAUGCCACAAGUGAUAACUUCUAUAGAAAGGAUUCCUCAUCAGAGCAAUAGGAUCCCUCUAAGCAGAAUUAUAUGAAGGUACCCAGGACAGCUGUAAUUUGUAAUUAAAUCAAGGGAAUUAACUGAUGUUUUCUUGUUUAAGUUCAUCUUAUGCAAUGAAGUAUAUCUGUCAGGAAUGGUUGACAAUCCAAUGCGACAAAGAAAGUCACGUUGUGUUUCCUUGGCCAGAUCAAUUUCUUUUUUUCAGAUAUGUAGUUGCUCAGAGAAUACAGCUCACAUUAUGGAAAGGUGAAACCAUGUAGAUUGGGUAUGACAAUACAUGUAUAUUUCGUCUUUACAGUUUGCUAGUGUAAAGAACGUGCUGGGUUCCCCAGUCAUCCUAGAAUGUGCCAAAUAAAUAUCCACUUUCCAUUC